AAUCUCAUCCCUGCUUGUUGUACUAGUUUAACUCCAAGUGCUAUUAGAGUCAAGUUUAGGUUGUGUUUAGAGAUAAAAGAAAUCACUGCUAGAUUUAAUGAUCUCGUGGCAAAAAAAGAUCAACUGAAUUUGAAAGAAAAUUCUAGUAUGGGACCAAGCAAAAGAAGAGAGAUCAGAUCUCCCUCAACUUCCUUGGUGACCGAAGAUCACAUAUAUGGUAGGGAGGAAGUCAGAGGGGCUGUACUUCAAUUAUUGGUCAGUGAAAAACAUAGUGAUGCUUCGAAUAAAGUACCCAAUGUGAUUCCUAUAGUUGGUAUGGGGGGUAUCGGAAAAACAACACUGGCCCAGCUUGUAUACAAUGACAAAAAAGUGGAGAACUUUUUCAGUCUGAAAGCAUGGGCUUGUGUUUCAGAAGAUUUUGAUGUUACUGUAGUUACAAAAACAAUUUUACAAUCUUUGACCCCAGAAAACUGUGAUGGCAAAGAUCUAAAUUGGUUGCAAGAAAAAUUGAAGGAGAAACUACGUGGGAAAAGGUUUCUAGUAAUUCUUGAUGAUGUUUGGAACAAGAACUACCAUGAUUGGACUCUCCUACGUGCUCCUUUUGAAGUAGGGGCUCCGAGAAGUAGUAUUAUUGUCACAACUCGUGACCAGAAAGUCUCGUCACUAAUGCGAAACAAGGAAGUUGAUCCUUUUCAGUUGGAGGAGUUGUCAGAUGAAGCUUGUUUGCCCAUAUUUACCCGACAUGCAUUGGAUGCAAGAGACUUUAGUGCCCAUCCAUACCUUAAAGAUAUUGGUGAGGAAAUUGUUAGUAGGUGCAAAGGCUUGCCAUUGGCAGUUAAAACUAUUGGAGGAGUCUUACGCAGUAAACAUGAAGACCGCAAUGAGUGGGAAAAAGUUUUGAAGAAUAAAAUAUGGGAUAUUUCAGUGGAAGAAAGUGGAAUUCCAUCCUCUCUUAUGGUAAGCUAUGACAAUCUCCCUUCACAUUUAAAGAGGUGCUUUGCAUACUGCUCAAUACUACCAAAGGACUAUGAAUUUGAGGAGAAGGAAGUGGUUUUAUUAUGGAUGGCAGAAGGUCUGAUUCAUCACCCUGAAGAGGAAAUGGAAGAUUUGGGUUUCGAAUAUUUUCACGACCUGUUGUCAAGGUCAUUUUUCCAAAAGUCACGUAUUAAUGAAUCAAAAUUUGUGAUGCAUGACCUCAUCAAUGAUUUAGCUCAAUCGGUUGCAGGCGAUACAUGCUAUAGAAUGGAAGAUAGAAUUGGGAGUAGUCAGGAUGAGGAUAUUCCUAUAAAGCCACGCCACUCAUCUUACUUGGGAAGCGAAUAUGAUGUAACUAAAAAGUUUGAGGUUUUCUCUAAAUUCACAAGUAGUUUACGUACAUUCUUACCUCUCAUGCUACCAUAUCCAGGUUGUUGCUAUUUGGCUCGCCAUGUUCCUUUUGAAUUGGUUCCAACAUUACGUUGUUUAAGGGCGUUAUCUUUCAACGGAUACCGCAUAACGGAGCUACCUAAUUCUAUUGGUGAUUUGAAGCAUCUGAGGUACCUUAACCUUUCACACACUCGAAUUAGACUCCUGCCAGAAUCAGUAGCUAGUCUCUACAACUUGCAAACAUUGUUGUUGAAGUACUGUUUUCAUCUAAAGAAAUUGCCUUCAAUGUUAUGCAACUUGGUCAACCUACUCUGCCUCAACAUUGAAUGUGCAGAUAGUUUGGAAGGAAUGCCUAUGCAAAUAGGUAAACUAACUUGUCUUCAAACACUGUCUAAUCUAGUUCUGGGAAAAGACAGUAGUUGCUCUGGAAUAAAGGAGCUUGGACCUUUGAAGCAUCUUCGAGAGACACUCUGCAUUUCAAGAUUAGAGAAUGUGAUUGAAUCGAAGGAUGCAAAAGAUGCAAAAUUAAUUGAAAAGACGAAAAUUGAUGUGUUGUCGCUGGAAUGGAGUAGGGACAUUGAUGAGUCGAAAGACACGACAAGUGAACUAGAGGUACUAAAUGGGCUACGACCUCAUAACGCUUUGACGAAGCUGGUUAUAAUUAACUAUGGUGGUACAAAAUUUCCAAAUUGGUUAACAUCUCCUUCAUUUCCUCAUAUGGUCUCCUUGAGAUUAGAAAAUUGUUACAACUGCACAUCAUUACCUCCAUUGGGGCAAUAUUUGCCAUCACUCAAAAAUCUUUGGAUCAAAGGCAUGGCUAACGUGAAGAGUGUUGGUUCUGAAUUUUGUGGCGGUAAUUUAGAGACUCUGCAUUUCCAUGACAUGGAGGAGUGGGAGAAUUGGAGUCCUUGUGAAGAAUUCCCGAAUCUGCAUCAGCUUUCCCUUCGUAAGUGUCCAAAGCUAUUAGGGAAGUUACCAAACAACCUUCCUUUACUAAACGAAGUUGAGAUAAUUGAUUGUGCGCAGUUGGUGGUCUCACUUUCAUGCUUUCCAGAUAAAUGCAAAUUUAACAUUAAGAAUUGCAGAGGGCUUUGUAUGGAAGGGGUGGUGUUUGGAAGCAAGGUUACAUUCAAAUCAAUAUUCUUCUACAGAUCACUUUCACCAAUUUCAGAUGAAGGGCUUGAUAUGGAAGGGUUGGAAAGGUUAACUAUUAACAGCUGUGAGGAGUUGAAGACUUUGUGGUCAGACAAGGUGGGAUCACUACCACAUCAUCUCCCAUGUCUGCAUAAUCUCAACAUUUAUAGUUGUCCCAAACUAGUCUCUUUGGUGGCAGAAGAAGUUGAUCAAGAGAGUCUCCAACUCAGAAUCACAUCUAUUGAUAUCAAGGAUUGCAUAGCCUUGGAAUCAUUACCCAAGGUAUUGAUGUACAACAACAUGUGUCUUGGGUAUAUUUGUAUCAGAAAUUGUGAUUCGCUAACGCAUUUUGCAAGAAGCCAUCUGCCUCCAACUUUAAAGGAGCUAUAUAUAGGCGACUGCAGGAGUAUGAGGAAAUUGGUGGAGGAUGAUGAUAAUGAUACAAACAACAACAGUACUACUGCAAGUAGUAGUGGCAUCAAAUCUCUUCUUCUUGAGGACUUGAGCGUUCAGUAUUGUCCAUCCCUUGAAUCCUUAACAUCAAGCGGGGAAUUACCUGCCACACUUCAACGCCUCUUUAUUAUGGAUUGUCCGAAGCUGGAGUCAGUAGCCAAGAGUUUUCAUCAUAACUCAUUUCUUACAAAUAUCACCAUCCACUCUUGUGAAAAUCUUCAAUUCUUGAAUGGCAUACACAACCUCACCUCUCUUCGAGAUUUGAAAAUAAUAGAUUGUCCGAGCAUUUUAUCAUUUCCCAAAGAAGGUUUUCCCACAAACCUAACAACACUUAAGAUCUCUAAUCUUAAAAUCACUGAAGCCUUGUUCGAUUGGGGGCUGGACAACCUCACUUACCUAAAUCAACUUGAAAUUGGUGGAUGUCAGAAUCUGGUGUCCUUUCCAGAGAUUACGUUGCCUGCCUCUCUAACAAGCCUCUACAUCUCAAAAUUCUCGAAUCUGGAAUGCCUGUCUUCCGAGGGCUUAAGAAAACUCACCUCUCUUCAAACACUCCACAUUUAUGACUGCGAGAAGCUCACUUGUUUUCCAGAGGAUGGCCUGCCUCCCUCACUCCUAGAGCUUCAUAUCUCUUCUUGCCAAAAGUUGAGGUCCUUUCUAAAGAAUGGCCUACCUCCCUCACUCCAGCAACUUGAAAUCCGUGAAUGUCCUCUGCUGUUAGAACCCUGCAAGAAAGAUCAGAGAGGAGAGUGGCGCAGGAUAGCUGACAUUCCUUAUGUUCAAAUUAGUUACAAAUGUGAGUAAGAAACGGAGGAAUAAAUCCAAUGGUAAGUUUGUUUUGGCUCUGAUCCAAAUUUCCUUUGAAUGUUGAAUGGUGGCAUUGGAGAGAUCCCAUCACUCCUAUUGCAUGCUGCGUCUCUGAUGGUUCAAAAGACUGAUGAAAGCUGUUGAAACUUCCAAUUGCUGUCUGAAAAAUGGAUGUACAAGUUGAAGGGGUACAAGAAAGUUCUAAAGCAAGCAACGAUGGAUGGCCUUUUCAUAGCAA